AUGACAGAUGAAGAAGGUAGUGGAAGAUCAUUAUUGAAACCAUCUAUUCAAACAUGCAAAGAAAUCACUAAUGAUGAUGAUAUCAUUAAGGAAUAUUGGCCAUCCAUUAGUCCAAUUGCUUCGAAAUAUGGAAUUGAGCAAACAUAUGAAAAUAUGAUAGAUAUUGCACGUUGGGUUAUUUCAUAUUCAUGCAGUGGAAGAAAACUUCCUUUCAGUGUUACACAAGAAAUACAAGAUGCCUGUCAUAAGAUCAUCAACAAGCAUACAUAUGGAAGAUUUAGUAAGAAACCAGAGUUAUUUGCAUCCUAUCUAAUGAGAGAAUUCAUUAGAAUCCCAUCGAAUAUAACAGGAAUAGAGUAUAAAUUUUCAUUAUUCUCUGGAAGUGAAGAAUCAGUUGCUUCUAUCCAUCAACUUCUUGCAGGAAGCGAUGCCAAUGUUACAAUGACAGAGCAUUAUGCAAAUCAUUUAUUGAUGGAAAUUUGGACUAAAGGUAAAACAGAAUAUGUUCGAUUCGCAUAUAAUGGUCAAGUCAUCAAACUUAAAGAAAUGAAAGGCAAGGAUAUUGUAAAACUGUCAGAUUUCAAGAAGUCUGAAUAUAAGAAUGUUAAUGACUAUUGUAAAGAUCUUCCUUAA